UCCUGGCUCACCAUUGAUUCCUUUGACUGAAUAUCUUCUUCCUGUCCAAUACCCUUUGCAGUUAUUAGCGUAUCGUGAUACUUUUUGCUUUCACAAUGGUUCAGACAAAGGCACCUGCCGAAGCUUACGGCGUGUGUACAGCACACAGCAAUGAGCUGCUUUUGGCAUGGUACUCCUCCGACUCGACGGAUGGAAAAUCUGCGCCAUCUGAUCCAGAUUCCACAUAUACGUGCGUAACUUCGGGAAAGAUCCCUGAUUUUCCUGCGAAGACGCAAUGGGUGAGCUUCGACGCCAUGUGGGAGAUCAACAAGCCUGUCAUGAUGAUGGCUGGAACCAAUGAGGAGGAGGCUGGAUUCAUGAAGAACGCCAUCACAGAAGUGUCUCAGAAGACGCAAAUUGAUAAACGAUUGAUCCUUGCCGAGAUCAUGCAGGAGUCCACUGGAAAUGUACAUGUUCAUUGUAUGACAGAAGGCUCGGGCUCGCAUUGCGGUCUGAUGCAGGCCGGUGAUGGUUCGCAAAAAUACGACCCCGCUGACCCCAACGGAAGCAUCAAGGCUAUGAUCAAAGACGGCGUUUGUGGAAUCGCAGCUGAGAAGGAUCCAGGAGGUCAGGGGAAACCUGGACUGCUGCAUUACUUCAACGGCGGCGCAACGCUCAUGGGUUGGAUUGACCAGUCCCUUUUUGGUACUCCGUACGCUGCUGCAAGAAUGUACAACAGCGGAUCGAUCAGCAAUGGAAACUUGAACAUCUCUCCAUUCGACCCUCACACCAGGGCAUAUGCCAACGAUAUCGCGAACAGGUUGCAAGGUUGGAAUGGUGGCCGCGCGGGAUGUGACAAGAGUGUACAGUGUGGCCUUCGGAGUUCGUGUGACUAGCUGGUUGAGCCGGUAUGAGUGAACACGUUUGCUCUCUACUGUCAAUAUA